AUGGAAUAUGCAGACUUUAUUCGAGCGUGUACCAUGCUGCAAGCCCUUAUCUUUAGCGAUGUCAAUAAAGAAGAACAUUACCUUGAAUGGACAUUCUGGUUUGUCCCUCUUGUUGUGUCUGUCUACGAAGGUCUACUGUGUGUCGUACAGCUCUUUGGAAACCGACUGGAAGAGGGGAAGAGGUUUAUAAAAGACACUGGGAAAAGUGGCAGCAGCAUAUACAGAGCAGACUUCCUUUACUUCCCAGACCCAACACUACGGAGAAUCAUGAUGGAAAAAGGGAAGUUCUCAUAUGGCUCAUUCCAAGGCCUGCAAACGCAGCACUUCUUCACCCAUCAUGAGGAACCAAGCAGCAAAAAUUUAGUAUCAGAGUAUGACAAUAGAGAUCGAAUAUUUAAUUCUAUAAUUUCUAACUUUGAAUCAUUUCCUCUCUCAGAACCACCCACCAAGCAUGGCCUUCGUGAGCAGCUGAUGGAACAAAGGCACAAGAAAGAAGCGGGAGUGAAAGUCUACACCAUUUCCUACAUACACACCCUGAUUUCCGCUUUAGCCACUCGCCAGCUGAGACUGGCAGCUGAAGCUCGUGGCCCUGCUUCUGAGCAGGGACAGCUUCCCCUGCGUGUUAGUAGAAAACUGGACUAUGAAGGAGGUCAGAAAUUCCUGCACACCAUCAGCCAACUGAUGGGAGAUAGAAAAGCCAGGGAUGCCUCUGUGUAA